GAGGCGGCGCCCGCGGGCCCGGCGCGGGGGCGGGGUGGCCGCGGGGGCCGGCGGCGGGGCGGCUCCUUCUUUGGCCAUGAGCGAGGUGCCGGCAUUCGGCCGCCGCCGCCGCCUGCGGGACGCGGGGAGGGAGCGGCCGCGGCGAGGUUCCGCCGGCGGCAGCGGCGGGUGGGAUGGCCCAGGCCAGGAUCAGCGCCAAGGCCAGCGAGGGGGCGCAGCAGCAGCCGCAGCAGCAGCAGCAGUCGGGCGGGCAGCUCCGGGGCCGCUUCUACCGCUCCACCUCCAUGGCCGACCGCUCCAGCCGCCUGCUCGAGAACCUGGACCAGCUGGAGCUCAGGGUAGAGGCUUUCCGUGAUGCAGCAUCUGCCAUGGAGCAAGAGAAAGAAAUUCUGCUUGAAAUGAUCCACAAUAUACAGAACAGCCAGGAUAUGAGGCACAUCAGUGAAGGUGAGAGAGAAGAACUUAAUUUGACUGCAAAUCGCCUGAUGGGCCGAACCCUCACCGUGGAGGUUUCCGUAGAAACCAUCCGCAACGCGCAGCAGCAGGAGUCCCUGCUGCACGCCACCAAGAUGAUCGAUGAGAUCGUCAACAAACUCCUCGACGAUUUGGAAGAUGCCAAAAUGCGCCUGAUGUCACUCUACGGUGCGUGCACGUCCGACGUGCCAGCAGGACCCAUCGAUCAGAAAUUCCAGUCUGUGGUCAUCGGAUGUGCCAUUGAGGAUCAGAAGAAAAUCAAAAGGCGCCUAGAGACUCUGCUCAGAAACUUGGAAAAUUCUGAAAAGUCCAUCACGUUGUUGGAGCAUCAGAAAUCAUCUGUUCGGCAGUCUUGCAACAGCAAACAGGAUUAAUGUAUCCUCCUGGCUACUUCUGGCAAACCACAGGAUGAGCAAGUGCCCAUAAAAAGUACACAGAAGCCAAGAAAAGAAUUCUCUGUACGAGCACACACAUAUAUACACAUCCACACCCACCAAAGUAUCUUUGAUUGCCAGGUGCAAGCAUUUAAUGGGUUUUGGUAGCAUUGGCAUUUUCUUUUGGCAGUAAGGAAUGCUAUCAGUUCUUCUGUAGAGUCGAUACUGCUCUAUUGCAAAUUGUAAUUGUGCUUCUGCUGAACUGACAGAAACUGAAAAUCUAGCCUUUCCUCCAUUCUCCUGGGUUUUUUAAACUAAAGUUGUUUUGUCCUAUCAUGAGAUUUCAGCUUUUCUCUGCUGUACACAAAGUGUGUGAACCUGACUUUUGGGGACAAAAGACAAAUUAUGGCAAUAAAUCAAAAGAAUUAAUAAA